AUGUCUUCAAUGGAUUUGGUGACGCCGCCAUAUCCGUUCUCCACGAUGGUUUCCCCAACCUAUCUAAUCACAAAAACCAAACCUUAUCAGGAUCAUGGACCAUCGAGCAAUUAUAAUGAAGAUUUGUCACCGGAGUUGAAGAGUUGUUGGUCGGAGAAAUUUGCACCAAUGUUUGAUGGAUUCAGGUUUAUUGAAACUCUGCUAUUUCAUUAUUUUAAUUGGUGUAAUCUUGAUGAUAUCAUGUGGGUGAUCAUUUGUUUAGGAAAACGAAAGAUAGGAGGAUUUUCGAGUGGAAAGUUGAGAAAGAUGAUCAUCUUUGCACAUUGGAAGAGAUUGUAUUCAACUAUGCUAAAGAAAGAUCCAUAUUUUUUUCAAGCUUUCAACCUGAUGCCACUCCUUUGCAAGAGGUCCCUCUCCUACUUACUUUUUGUUUUCAAGGAUCUUCACAACAAUAAGUUCAUUGGUCCAUUCCCACCACAAAUCAGUUUACAGGCAUACAGAUUGAAGGGGCACACAACCCCGCUUUGCAUGCACCCAUUGCAAUUGAAAUUUUGUGCGAGCAAGAAGCUUUUAAGGCCACCUGGCAAUGAAAAACCCCAAUGGAAGCCACUAUUCAGUCCAUGUUGGGAUGCAACAGGUGCUUCGCUAUGGAAGCUUGUUAAGGCUUCUAAGAAAGCAAAAAAAAAAAAAAAAAAAGACUUUGCAGCAUUACAAGGGUCAACAUAG